AUGGCAAGCACACCCGUGUUGAAGUUAUUGUUAACAAUGUUCUUCAUAAUACUCAUCAUCAAUGUCAUUCCAAACCCUAGAGGCCCCAUUCCUGAAUGGAUUUCAUCUCAAAAAAAACUGUAUCUACUUGAUUUGAAGGCGAAUCAAUUGGUGGGAAGAUUCCCAGAUUGGGUUGCUGAUAUGCACAAUAUCGAAAGAUUGAUUCUCUCAGAUAACAACCUCACCGGAUCAAUCCUGUCUCGCUUGUUUGAAUCCACAACGUUAAUGCUCCUUGAAUUGUCCAGGAACAGUUUUUCUGGGGAGUUGCCAGAAAAUAUAGGAAACGCAAAACGCAUACGUAGUCUCUUGUUGGCGAAAAAUAAUUUUUCAGGACACAUUCCAGCAUCCAUCUCCAAGCUUCAAAUGCUACUGGUUUUGGACUUGUCCAGAAACAGAUUUUCUGGUGAUAAAUUGCCGGUUUUUGGACAUGAUUCUAGUCAUCCGUUUAACAUAGAUUUGUCAUACAACAAUUUUUCUGGUAAGGUCCCAACCAAUUUUCCUGAAGUAACCCAACUUCUUUGCUUAGCUGCAAAUAAAUUUUCUGGUGAGCUUCCUUGGAAUUUGACUAAAUUGGUCAACCUCAGACAUCUUGAUCUCCAUGACAAUGAUCUUACCGGAAAUUUGCAGUAUACUCUACCUCAAAUCCCAACUCUUCAAGUUCUAGUUCUAAGAAACAAUUCCUUUGAAGGAAUGAUCCCCAACAAUAUCUCCAACCUAAGCUCCCUUCAAAUUCUUGAUCUCUCCCACAACAACAUAAAUGGAAGUAUUCCGCGAGAGAUCGCAAAGCUUCCAAGAAUGAUCAAAAAGCCGUUAACAUCCUCUGCAGCUUAUGAGGGUAAGGAUAUUUUCAUCGUUUCCGGUCCUGACAAGGAAGCUGAGGACUUGAUUGUGAAUUGGAAAAAAUCUUUUCAAGGUCUACCUCUUCACAACCUCGAGAUAUACACUUUGUUAGAUUUGUCGGGUAACAAAAUAUCCGGUGAAAUUCCGGCAUCCUUGGGCAAUCUCAAAGGUCUAAAGUUGCUCAGCAUAUCACACAACAUGAUUUCUGGGCACAUUCCCGCGUCUUUUGGUGAUCUGGAAGCCAUAGAAAGCUUGGACUUGUCACAUAACGCAAUAUCAGGUUCAAUUCCCCGAUCAUUUUCAAAGCUUUGCGAACUCACAGUUCUAGAUGUGAGUGACAACAGGCUUACCGGUAAGAUUCCCAGUGGUCCGCAAAUGGACACUAUGAGUGAGUUGAGUUUUCAAAACAACAGUGGAUUAUGCGGUGUGCAGAUCAAUAUCCCAUGUCCUGAUGAGGAUAUCCCACCUUCAAAAGGAAGUGACGAGGAAGGCGGCGAUAACGAAUCAUGCACUACAACCAGAACGGUUACAAAGCUCUACCUGUAUAACCUUAUCCCUCCUACUGAUAUUAAUCGGGUGUCGGUAUUUUCCAGCAUCCUAGCUCCGCUUUUUCACAUCCGUUCAUUAGAGCUGCUUGAUAUCUCAUGGAAUUCGUUGUUAGGAGAGAUCCCAGGAGAUGGGUUUGGGAAUCUAACUAAACUCAUUCACCUUGACAUGGCGGGUAACAGAUUUAACGGCUCCAUUCCCACCCAGUUUUUCCACUUAACGAACUUACGUUACUUGGAUUUGGGCAACAACGUCCCCGUUCGGAAACUAAGGCUUGAACCAGGGUCUUUUCGAAAUUUGAUUGACCUAAAUUCUCUUUCAGGAAACAUCCCAGAAGAGAUUGGGAAUCUAACCAAUCUCAUUCAUCUUGACAUGUUGGGUAACAGAUUUCACGGCUCUAUUAACACCCAAUUUUUCCAGUUAACAAACUUACGUUACUUGGACUUGGGCAACAAUUUACUGGAUGGGAAACUAAAGCCUGAAGUUGGCAAGCUUCAAUAUCUUGAAGUAUUGUCGUUGUUUUCCAAUUAUUUUUUGGGAAACAUCCCAGAAGAGAUUUGGAAUUUAACAAAUUUAAGGGCACUUCAACUAGCAAACAAUCAAUUUUUUGGCCGAAUCCCCUCUUCAAUUGCAAACCUGAAGGAGCUGCAAGAAUUGUAUUUGGCAGAAAACUCUCUAUCCACGCAAAUUCCAGCCGAAAUAGGAAAACUACUCAACAUGACUGUACUUGACCUGAGCGGCAACCAACUUACGGGCCCAGUCCCCCCAGUUAUCAAAAACUUGAGCAAGUUGCAUGCCCUUGUGCUCCAUGACAACAUGUUUGUCGGAAAUAUACCAACUUGGCUAUUCAAAAUCAGAACCUUAAAGGUAUUGUACAUAUGUGGAGAAGGAGACAGCUUGAUUUGGGAUAACAAUGCCAAGAUUGUUCCAAGAGUUAGUCUUGCCCAGUUUUCGUUGACUUCUUGCGGAAUGUCGGGUCAAAUUCCUGAAUGGAUGUCAUCUCAGAAAGAUUUGAAUCUACUUGAUCUAAGCGGGAAUCAAUUGGAGGGAAGACUCCCAGAUUGGCUUGCCAGUAACCACAAUAUUCAAAUGUUGUUUCUUUCGGGCAACAACCUCAGCGGGUCAAUCCCACCUAGCCUGUUUGAAUCUAUGAUGCUAUCAGCUCUUGAUUUGUCCAGGAACAAUUUUUCCGGGGAAUUGCCAGAAAGUAUAGGAAGUGCCCAAGGGCCCGUUGUUUCUUUUAUAUUGUCAAAAAAUAGCUUUUCAGGAUACGUUCCCAUGUCCAUCUCUAAGAUUGCCAACCUACGUUUUUUAGCGCUCGAUAGAAACAAAUUUUCCGGUGACAAAUUGCCUGCUUUUAGAUGUAAACAAAAAUGCUUGAUAGAUUUAUCCUACAACGAUUUCUUUGGCGAGAUACCAGAAAGCUUUUCUAUAGAAAUCGACACACUUUUUUUAGGUGGAAAUAAGUUUUCAGGGAGUUUGCCACUGAAUUUCUCUAAAUUGAUCAACCUUAAGCAUCUUGAUCUUCAUAACAACGAUCUUACAGGAAAUCUACAGGAUUUCCUGCCUCAAAUCCAAACACUUGAAGUCCUAAUCCUAAGAAACAAUUCCCUUGAAGGUUUUAUCCCGAGAACAAUCUCCAAUCUCACUUCUCUCCGAAUUCUUGAUAUCUCCGGAAACAACCUAACCGGAAGUAUCCCAGAUGAGAUAGCAAACCUUCCAAGGAUGAUUGAAAAACCACACAUGUUAACAUCCUCUCCAAAACCGGUUCACACCUCACUUGGUCCCUUUCCGUUUGAAAAUUUGGUUGUGAUUUGGAAAAGAUCAUUUCAGGGCCUAGCAAUACUCAACCUCGAAAUAUACACUUUGUUAGAUUUGUCAGACAACAAAAUAUCCGGUGAAAUCCCACCAUCCUUGGGCAAUCUCAAAGGUCUAAAGUUGCUCAACGUAUCACACAACAGGAUUUCUGGCCACAUUCCCGUGUCUUUUGGUGAUCUAGAAGACAUAGAAAGCUUGGAUUUGUCACAUAACGAAAUCGCGGGUGUUAUACCUCAAUCGCUAGUGAAGCUUCACCAACUCGAAACGUUAGAUUUGAGCAACAACAGGCUGACUGGUAAGAUUCCUGUUGGUGGGCAAAUGGACACUAUGACUUCUUUUCAAAACAACAGUGGGUUAUGCGGGAUGCAGAUUAGGGUGACAUGUCCUGAGGAUAUCCCGCCAUCAACGCCAAAAACAACAGUGGAUGAGGAUGACGAGAAAGAAUCAUGGAUUUGUUGGGAGGCAACAUGGACUGGUUUUCCGAUUGGGUUGUUCUCAUCAAUCUUGAUCAUAGGCUACUUACUCAAUUUUCUCCAAUACUUCAAAAUCUGGUGA